AUGGAGGAUGAAUUUGAUCCCGAGUUCGCAACUGCGGAAGAGAGAGCAGUUUAUGAGGAAGAGAAAAAGGCCCGAAUACAGAAUGAUCGAGCAGAAGAGAGGCGGAGAAAGCUGGCAUUGAAGAAGCGGAAGCAGGUUCAGGAAACGAGAGCUGAAAGAGAGGCGAAAGCCAAACAACUAGACGGCUUACUUGCGAACUGCGCUACAUUCUCCGACAUUCUGACAAAGAAAACGCAAGUUCUCGGCCGAGUAGGAAGUGGGUUUGAUGGCAAAGCUUUGGGAGAGCAUAAUUUGGAGCUGUCGAAGCAACCAGAAUGUAUGGGUGGUGGUACCAUGCGAGACUAUCAGCUGGAAGGACUUACGUGGAUGUAUGAGAUCUGUAGUCAGGGUAUGUCUGGUAUUCUCGCAGAUGAAAUGGGUCUAGGAAAGACGAUUCAGACAAUCUCACUGCUGGCUAAAUUGAGAGAAGAGGAAGGUUAUAUGGGUCCACAUUUGAUUGUGGCUCCUCUAAGCACGCUCUCAAAUUGGAUGGAAGAGUUCAACAAAUGGGUCCCUGGCGUCCCAGUCACCAUGUACCAUGGCACGCCCUCACAUCGACAAAAUAUUUUCAGGGACAGCUUGAAGAAAAACCUAGAUAAGGCGAACAGGGCGACAAGCAAGUUUCCUAUCGUAUUGACGACUCCUGAGAUUGUAAUCAGAGAUGCGAAUGAUCUGUCCAAGAUUAAUUGGGAAAUGGUUAUCAUCGAUGAAGGCCAUCGACUGAAGAAUUCAGAUUCUAAGCUCUUCCGCAUCCUCCAAACUUUCAAUUCGAUCACUCGUUUUCUCAUCACUGGCACACCCCUGCAGAAUAAUUUGAAAGAGUUGUGGUCGCUGCUCAACUUCCUACUUCCUAAGAUCUUUACUCAGUGGGAGCAAUUCGAGUCCUGGUUUGAUUUCAGCGAUCUUCAAGACGAGGAAGGCACAGAGGAGUUUCUACAGGAUAAGAUGAAGCAGGAUCUUGUCAAGAAGAUGCAUUUGAUCUUGCAACCACUUCUGCUGCGGCGAAUCAAAGCAGAUGUCGAACACUUAUUGCCGAAGAAGCGAGAGUACGUACUAUAUGCGCCGAUGACCAAAGAGCAGACGGAUCUGUACAAUGUGAUCAGCGACAAAACAAGAGAUACUCGUGCCUACCUCGAAUCGAAAGUUGUGGAGCGUCUUACAGGAGUAACGAAUACCCCAGCUAUGUCUCGUAAAGUGAGCCCUGCUUCUACAGUAGUAUCUUCUCUGAAAGUCGAGGAAUCCGACAGUGAAGGAGACAUCCCGAUGGCAAAGCUGGCGAUCAAGAAGCGGGGACGAGGAAGACCUCCCAAGUCUGCUACACCGAAAAAUGCUUUUCAACAAAUGAUGGAACGAAAGGCAUCCACAUCGACAAAACCGGGUCGAAAGCGAAAAAUUGCAGAACCUGCUUCAUCACCAGCACCAAAGUCUUCCAAAUCGAGUCGACAAUCUACACCAGCGACAAGCAUAAGAGGUCGAAAGACGAAACGAAAGGGUUAUGCUGAAGCUCAUUCAUCCGAUGAAGAUGCACUGAGUGACAAUGAAUUCGAAGAAAAGCUUGCCGAGGAGUUUGCAGAGAAAGAAGCCGAUGUCACGAGUGAGGGUAGUGAAGAAGAGAUCCAGAGAGCGAAGACUUUAGAGCUUGCUAAAAAAGAGAUAUCUAACAAGAAACUCGGCAAUCCCAUAAUGCAACUCCGCCUGGUCUGCAACUCGCCACACAACUUCUACAAUCCCUGGUCCAUGGACUCCGGCCUAGAAGUUGACGAGACCCUCGUGACAUCCUCCGGCAAAAUGCUCCUUCUCGACCGUCUCCUCCCCUCCCUCUUCUCGCGCGGCUCCAAAGUCCUCAUCUUCUCACAAUUCAAAACCCAACUCGAUAUCCUAGAAGACUAUGCUCGCGACCUUCGACACUGGAACGUAUGUCGAAUCGAUGGCUCAGUAGCCCAAGAAGACAGACAGCGACAAAUCAAAGAAUUCAACGAAGAAGAGGACUGCAGAUUGUUUCUGCUGAGCACAAGAGCCGGUGGCCAAGGAAUCAACUUAGCAACUGCCGACACAGUUAUCCUGUUUGACAGUGACUGGAAUCCACAACAAGAUCUCCAAGCCCAAGACCGCGCCCACCGAAUCGGCCAGAAAAACCCCGUCAUCAUCUACCGUCUCGCAACCAAAGGUACAGUGGAAGAAGACCUCUUGCUAUCAGCAGACGCCAAGCGCCGUCUCGAGAAGUUGGUCAUCAAGAAAGGAGGGUUUAAGACCAUGAACCAGAAAAUGGAGAAUGAGGAGGGGAUGUCGGAAGAUGCGCUCAAGACGCUGCUGUUGAAGGAUGGGCAGGUGUAUCAGUAUAAAGGUGGAGAGAAGAUCUUGACGAAUGAGGAUCUGGAUGUUUUGACUGAUAGGAGUAAGGCAGCUUAUAAGAGGGCAGAGGAGGGCUUGGGUGACAGGGCUGGGUUUAAGAUCGUGGAAACGAAGGUUGGUGGAUUGAUGACGGGGAUGGAGAGGAGGAAGGAGAAGGCUUAG